CUCUAAUAUUCUUGCAGUUCCGACGCACAGGCCUUGCAAAAAUCUAUCCAGCUAGGACUUCUUCAAGCGGACGCAAGAUGCGGUCACUUACCGGCAUCGCGCUGCUGCUGUUCGGGAGUCUUCAUCUGAUGCUGCUGCUCUGCACACAGGAGGCUAUUGGUAGUCACUGUGUCCCCUACCAGGGAUCCGUCGGCUUCCUGAUCGAAGGAGAAGCUCCUUGCACCGCCCAGAAAAUCGACGAGGAAACCUACCACCUGAAAAGCCCCAACUACCCUAAUGACUACCCCAACAAAAUCAAAUGUGACGCAAAGAUAUCGACGGCUGGUCCCCGCUACCUUGUUAUCCACCCCAUGGCGAUCGACGUGCAGGAGAAGGACCGCAUCACCCUCAUCAAGCCGUUCAAACAUAAGCAGUGGUUGACCUCUGCUGAUUUGGGAAUGGACAUCUACUCGCCAUCAUCAGGAACGGAUAUCAAGUUUCGAUCAUCGGUGAAAAAUUCUGGAAAAGGCUUUGACUUAAAAAUCACGGCGAAGAAAAACGACUGUCAACAUAUCUGCAAUCUGCAAGCCGGCCAAGAAGGCCACUUGCACCAGCUGAACUACAAACCUCACACCUUCUGUGAAUGGUGGCUCACCGCGCCCACGGGCUGCAAAAUCAUCCUGGAGUUUGACUCUUUCGACGUGGGUACAGUUGGGGGAUCCGGCUCCGGCAAGUGCCAGGGGGAUUACUUAGGAGUGAGUAGACUGGGGGACAAACUAUACAAGAAAAACAAGUUGCGGUCCAUGUGUGGAAGUUCGUUGCCAAAGCGAGUAAAGUCCGACGGCAACAAACUUAACAUCCUCUUCAACGGCAAAGAUGGCGGCAACGGCUUCAAGUUGAACUACCGCGUCGAAUGUCCAGGCCUAACCACGACACCGCCACCAAGUACUACUGGAACAAGCACUUCUACGUCCACAACAACAACCACAACUCCAACGACAACAACAACCACCACUCCAACGACAACAACAACCACCACUCCAACGACCACAACCACCACUCAAACGACAACAACCACCACUCCAACCACACCUCCAACUGGCUGA